AUGACUCCAUUCACCAACAGCCUGAUUGCUCUCGCCAUCUUGAACACCGUUCAAGCCUCCUUGUCGCCGACUUUCCCCGUUCAAGGCAGCACUUGCGUCGUUCUCCAGUCGUGUCAAAUCAAAUGGCAAGACGACUCGACCUUACCAUCAACGACUACCAUGGGAGAGACCACUAUUGACUUGGUCAUGGGCAACGCCUCCAACUUGCAAGCCGUCCAAAACCUUGGCGGUGUGAUGAACCCCUCCGUUGCCACUGCGAUCACCUUCCAACCCAUCGCCGGCCUCUCACCCACCGAGAAAUACGCUGUACGGUUCAUCGCCAAGGGCAAUGCGUCCCACCCGAUCUUUUCGACCUACUUCACAAUCACUGGUGGUUCCAGUACCGCCAAACCUUUGGCUACACCAAACUCGGUCCUUGCUGCCAGCAAUCCCUCCUCGCCAUCCAGCGGCCCUUCCGCGAUUAUCGGUAACAAGGCCCCUACCGGAGCAUCCACCGCGCCCACAUCAUCCAAUGUCAUGACCGCCUCCAACAACACCACCGCCUCUGACAACGCCGAAAAAUCAUCGGCCAGCUUCGUCGGACCAUCCUCCACCGUCCUCGCCGGAAUGGCUGCUGCGGUUGCUUCUCUCUUGUUUUUGUAAUCGUCUCCCGGACCCUUUAGAAGUUGGACCACAUUCCUUAUUUAUCCUGCUUUUAAGUUUUCCCCUUGAUGCGUACAUUGUUGCUGCAAGUUUAAGACUCGCCUUCUUGCAAUUCAUUCGAUUAUUUCUUUUUUUUUUUUGUGUAGUACUUGUUCAGAUGCCACUCGCUCUUGAUCCUAAAUAUGACACAUGCUUGUAAAAUUUUACUUGUUUGAAAGAGUUGGAAACUUCCGUUUGGUUACUGGACGCAUCAUCUGCACUUUGCCUAACCUCUCCCACUUUCCAUCAAACACCAGAUCGAAGCAUUAUUUGAGGCUUUUCACUAAUACUAUUAGGGUUUCCUUGCUUAACAAAUGUGACGUGAAGUUAAGGUACCUGUUAUUCUCAUGGGCUC